AUGGUUUCUGCGAAUCGUGGUGGCAUGAUUUCGACCAGUAUGUGGAAUGUUUACAACAUGAAAUCCGUAGUCGAGCAGAAGGACGAUGAGCGCCGCCGCAGCGCCGACCUCGAGGGUGAUCAACUGGUGCAACAUCAAGCUGGUGAGCAGUACAAUGCUCUGAUGGCCACCUUCAAUGAUGAAGAGCUUACUGACUACCCGAUAUCAAACGCCGCACCGAACCGUCAAGCCACCUUCACCAAGGCGAUCGACACCGUCGAUUUGAAAGCAGUGCUGCUACCACGAACAUCUGAAACCACAGAGCAGCAAGAGUACGAGGAAUCCAUUCUUCGCCAGCACUACCCAGAAAGUCGACGGAGGCACGACCUGAGCCAUCUCGCUGAGGAGGAAGGAAUGCCCGAGGAAGACGACGAUGAAGAAGUGCCCAGUAACAAAAGCCAUCCUUCUUCGCCUGAGCAGAGCUCGACGGGGAUUACGGGGGCACGUGCCAAGGUCAAGGGCAAACUCAAGUCCUUCUGGAACAAGACCAUCGUCCCAACCUUUCCCGAAGCUGUUGCGGAUAUCUCAAUCAUCAAGGCCGCGUUAAAGGUCGAGGCUACUAUCACCAAGGAGUUGAGGGAUACAACGAGGCAUCCCGAGGUCGCUCAAAAGGCAACGAGAAAGGUCAAGGUGCGGGAUGCUUUUUGCCGUUAUCUCAACCUCGAUCCCUCCGAGGUUCAUGUUGAUGACGUGCCGGUUGUAGCUUUUGGCGGAUCAGGGGGAGGAUAUAGGGCCAUGAUCGGCUUUCUGGGAUACUGUGAAGAGAUGAAGCGCACGGGAAUGUGGGAUCUGUUGACUUAUGUUGCUGGUGUGAGUGGUAGUUGCUGGGGCCUCGCCGCCUACUACACCUGGGCUGGUGCGAGUAUGAAGGCAGUGAUUGACCAUUGCCGGAAGAGACUGCAUCCACACCACCCCUUGUCUCCAGAAGCAGUUCGCGAGGUGCUGAACGCCCCUGGUGGCCCAACGAAGACGCUCGGCCCCUUGAUUCAGAAGCACCGCUCAGGGUUGUCAACUGUGGCCAUGGAUUUGUAUUCUGUCUUCACCACGGGCCAUCUCUUCCUGAAUCACGAUCCCGCCCUAGAGCCACCGGGCCUACGUGGGAGCUUUGGUGUCAAAAAGGAGGUGGCAGGCUUUCAUGAGAACUGGCUAAAGUGGUCAUCGGCAAAUAUGUACCUGCUAGACGGCAGCGAACCAUUGCCCAUAUUUACCGCAAUCCGGCAUGAACGCCCCUGGAAGGACUGGGUAGACAAGGAACAUCCCUUUAAGAACGAAGAUCCAGAAACGAAGGAGCAUCAAGAGGCCCAGGAUGCUUGGUUCAAUUGGUUUGAAAUUUCGCCGAUCGAGGUUGGAUGUGACGAGCUGGAGGCUUGGUGUCCAACUUGGGCGUUUGGCAGGCCGUUCGAACAAGGCCACGAUACCAUGCAACUUCCCGAGCAAUCUCUGGCAUUGCUACUGGGUCUCUGUACCAGUGCGCCGGCGGGACCUUUGACUUCCUACCUGGCGACCAUCAAGCGCAGUCUCCCGGCGGGAUUCAUUGGCAACUCCAUCAAUGACAUGGCUAGAGGAAUCGCGCGGCUGUGGGGGCCAAAGGGAAAGGAAGAGUUUCAAGCCCAUCAUCCGCUUCAUGCUGUCAAUGAGCACAAUUUCAUGUUUCACUUGUCCCGGGGUGAGAACAAGGACAAACCGUCACCACCAAUCGAGAAUUCCCCUCGGAUUCACCUGAUCGAUUCAGGGAUGGAUAACAACUGCCCGACGUAUGUCAUGCUGCACCCUUCUCGGCAAGUCGAUGUGAUUUUGAACAUGGAUGCGUCCAGCGACGUCUUGAAGGGCAGUUUCCAGGAGCGGGUGGACCAGAUUGCCAGCCGACGGUGCCUGAAAUUCACCAAACGGCACCCUGAAGUGGAAGCUGGCACAGACCCCAAAGAUCCGGACCGCUUCAAGGGCUUAUAUGCACAGAUCUACGACGGUAGCAUCCUCGAAGAGAGGCCGAAGCAGGUGAUUGACUCUUACGGACACGAAGUAACCAAUCCCCCGGCACCGCCAUGCCUCCAUGAAUCAACCAUGAUCUAUCUCCCGUUGCUACCGAACCAGGGAGCAGUGGCCGAUUUUGAUCCUUCGACCGCCAAAUUCUCCGGCUCGUAUAACCUCGUGUGGACUGGUGAGCAGGUAGAGAUGCUGGUCAAGGUAUGCUGCGCCAACUACGAGGCCGGCGAAGAUGCGAUAAAGACAGUCUUGAGGGAGCAGUGGCAGAAGAAGAGAGCAAAGAGAGAAGCCGCUGGCGAAUCCUCUGCUUCGCUUCCUCCAGCAGGCCCUAUUCCUCCUCCUCCUUCAACGCCUUCAGCUGAAGCACAUACCCAGUAA